CAGAACCCACUUGUUUGACACCCCCCGGAGAGACCUGGAGUCCUACUCACACCUUGCGUGACUCCCUUGCCAUCUACAUCUAUCUCCAAUCUACUUGCGCCCCAGGCAAAAAUGAGGGCCAAGCCUUUAAAUACGUGCCUCGUUUGUUUAUGCUGCUUCAUUUAUUCAUCCGCUCUGCCCAGAAGCAAAGAUUAUAGAGAUAUGAGCUCGGAAUACGUGCCAGGCGGUGACACUAGCAUCCAAUCGGAUCCUCUUUCAAAAGAGCCAACAUGCGAGGAAUUGAGAGCCAUGUGGAGAUUUUCUAAGAGGCAAUCAAGAGCGGCAGAAAUUACGAACGAGAUCCCGACAUUCCGAGAUCCGUUUGCAUUCAAUGUGUGGGAGGAAUACGCAAGGCCGAGGAGCGCCGGACGAGGAGUCAGGUAUAGGAAGCCUUUGAUCUACGGAAAAGUCGUCCACCACCCCCAGUACAUCCCCCAUCCACCUGAUAGGCUGAAAGCUUUCGAGGAGGUGGCACGACUUUUCGGCUCUCCCAUUAAUCCGGAAGUCUCGAGAAGAAAAACAUCCUUCAGGCUCGGAGGAGGAGGAGGUCUUCAAAGCCACGUACCGAUUCAGACCACCCAGUCGGGGAGUUUCCAACACCUCAAGGAGUUGAUAAGGAACGAAAGGUUGAGAGAACUACAGGAACAGAGGAUAAACGAGGACGCAGAUCGUAACGUGGGCAAAAUUCACUAUGGGCGGAUAACUGAAUCUUCACCAAGAGUCGUGGAAAACGCGCUUAUUCAAGACAAGGCGACCGGACUGGUACCGAGCAAGGGCAUUGUGGCUUUUCCGAACAUGUUGGGACCUGCAUCAUACUCUUACAUAGACGAAUAUCCAAUGCAACAACUUGAAAUUCCAAAAGUUAAGCAGCGGUAUCCAGACACUUCGGUAAGUACCGAUCCCUUAUAUACAAUAUAACAAUUGCUUAUUACGCAUACCAUAC